AUGGCUAGCUACCCCAGCGGCAGCAGCAGCAAUGGCGCCUCCUCCUCUUCUCUAUUCACACAUUCGAAACUCCGCCAGAGCCACGCAAAUAUCGGCGAUGACUCGAGCCUUUUAGACGACUGCUUCGCAGGUGUUCAAAAGUCAUGGCAGUCGCUGCUGGUCUUCUGGAGCACGAGGGGAAAGAGGGGUUCGUGGGACUGUCUGCUACAAGGAGCACACCAGCUGCGCAGCAACUUGGCAACACGGAGACUGUUUAGCUUUCCGCAUGUCCUGGUGGCCAUCUGGCUGCUGGUGUUGAUGUGGGGAGAGAGGUGGGUAUUCCAUACGACCGUGGAGAGGUGUGCCUGGGAAAACUGGGAAGAAUGGCCUCCAGGAGCGACACCUCACCACCUUAUCUUCGUUGCCGACCCUCAACUCAUCGAUCCACACUCAUACCCAGGCCGGCCGUGGCCUAUUAGCUCGUUGACCGUAGCGAUCACCGACAACUAUAUGCGCAGAUCGUACACCCAACUCCAAUCACAGCUACAUCCUGAUACUGUGUUCUUCCUGGGUGAUCUCUUCGACGGCGGCAGAGAGUGGAAGACCUUUCAGGGAGAGUUUGAGGAUCCUAGUUGGAACCACCGACCGAAGGGCGAGGUGGACUAUGCGAAGCAAUGGAACCAAAAAUAUGGCGAGGAGUUCUGGCUGAAGGAAUAUAUAAGAUUCAUCAAACUUUUUGUCGACCCGUGGAAUCUGGCUGGGUCGGAAGCUGGGCCGGGACAGAGAGGGAGAAGGCUCAUCGCCAGCCUGCCGGGAAACCAUGAUCUCGGAUUCGGAUCAGAGGUCAAGAUACCGGUGAGGGAUCGAUUUGAGGCAUUCUUUGGGGAUAUGAACCGAGUGGACGUGAUCGCAAACCACACUUUCGUGUCCGUGGACACAGUGUCGCUCAGUGCCCGCACCUCCGCUGAGAAGUCAAUAGCCGAUCUGAGCGACAUCUACAAGCCGGCGCAAGAGUUCUUGGACAAAGUGCAGGUGACGAAGAGGAAGGCUGUCGAGAGGGAGUUGCGGCGUUUACGCGGGGAGACGACAGAGCUCCAACAGAGGCAGGACGUACAGGACGUCCAGACGCCCCAAGACCAGUCGGCGGACGUCAGCACGAUACCAACACUGGAUCCGGGAGAGGGCAAGGCGGAGCUUCCGACGAUACUGCUCUCGCACGUGCCAUUGUACCGACCUCCAGGAACGCCAUGCGGUCCAAUGCGCGAACACUGGCCACCGGCAAACCCGCCCUUGGAUGUGGACCACCGGAAUGCAAUUUCCGUAUCGGGAGGAUACCAGUACCAAAAUGUGCUCAGCGAUGCAGACUCGGCGGACUUGGUGAAAAAGAUCGGGGGUGUGGUGCAUGCCUUCUCAGGUGACGAUCACGACUACUGCGAACUCACACAUGACGAGGCCAAGGGACAUGUCAAGGAGAUCACAGUCAAGAGCAUCAGCAUGGCUAUGGGCGUGCCGACGCCGGGAUUCGUCAUGAUGAGCAUGUACAACCCAGUCGAUAGCCAGGGAAAGCCGCUGUCGGGAGACCAGUCGCGGACGCUCCAGACGCACCUCUGCCUUCUACCAAACCAGUUGUCCACCUACGCUCGAUACGGCGGGUUCGCAUUCGUCUGCUUCGUCAUGCUUACCAUCCGGGCCUUUCUUGUACCCAUCCUCCUCCUGGAGCCGUUUGCGCUCGAGCCAGAGAAGCGCAGGUCGGUCCUCCCGAUGUUCAAAGCCAAGCGAGAAGACCAAGACACGAGCUCCUCUGGCUAUGGGUACGGGCUAUCAGCAUCACACUAUCACUCAUCCUCCCCCUAUCGAUCCGGGACGCGCGACAGGAGCGCCAGAUGGGGAUGGGGCGAGGGGCCCAAGAUCGAGAUUGAUCUGGGCGAGGACGAUGAGUACUACUACGAUGGAGGCAAGUCGCGAUGGAAGGCGUCGGCCUCGAGGAGAGGAGGGAUCGGGAGUAGAAGUAGCCUGCGCGUGGUGGGCCGAGAGUUGUGGACCACAGCGUGGAGGGUGUUGUGGAUGGUAGGCUGCUAUUGGGUCUAUCUGACCUGGAAGGGGUAAGCGGCUGUUCUGUGUUUAUGUACCCGCCCUUCCCCCCUCCUCCGCCAGGCACCAAGACUCUGUUGAGCUCUGGGGUGACUUGUGUGUAAGAUGCAUCGUGCAAGGCGUUUUGGCUUGGAGAAAAUUCAUUGACUGGCUUGACCUGGGGGUGACAUGUUGCGUUGUUGCUGCUGGGGAAUUAAUUUAACCUGGUUGGAAUAAUGAUUUUGAUACCUUUG